AUGGGACCUGACAUCAUUGCUUGCGUCUUUCAUAUCAAACUGCGACAUUUUCUAACAGAUAUUCUGGAAAGGAAUAUUUUCGGCAAUGUUCUCGCUUACAUCUUCGUCAUUGAAUUCCAAAAACGAGGAUUGCCUCAUUGCUAUAUGUUACUUACACUUGACUCACAAUCCAAAAUAAGAACCAAGGAUGAUAUAGACAAAUAUGUUUGUGCUGAGCUUCUAAAUCCUGAAAUACACCCUCGACUUUUCCAAAUUGUCACUAAAUGCAUGGUGCAUGGUCUGUGUGGCACGCUCAACGCCAAAUCACCUUGCAUGAAAGACGGCGCAUGUACCAAAAAUUUCCCGAAAGACUUCAACGUGGAGACUCAAGAAAACACACACGGCUACCCCAUAUACCGCAGAAGACAAGGGAUAACUGCCAUUGUUGGCAAAUACGAUAUCGACAACCGUUGGAUAGUUCCUUACAAUCCGUUGCUUUCUCAGAAAUUCAAUGCUCAUAUUAAGGUUGAAGUUUGCGCGUCCAUUCAAUGUAUCAAGUAUCUUUAUAAGUAUGUGUACAAAGGACAGGACGCUGCAUCAAUUGCACUUUGCAGGGAGCCAGCUGAUGAUAUUUUUCCAACAUGA